AUGAGCACUCCACCGGACCAGGCCAACGGGUCGCCGCGGCCAGAAGCAGACCCACGCUCGUAUCAUGGACACUAUCACGGUUUACAGGUUGGUUCAUAUACAGAACAGCAAUUGCGACAUGCUUCUGCCAACCAUCUGCAUAUGACAAACAGGCGAUUUUUCGUCGGACCCAUUCCAGAAGGCUGGCUACAAGGCCACCGCAAAUCCUGGUACAGGACGAGGUUGAGGUUCAGCAACUAUUCAUCACAUACCGCCUCGUUCUCCGCAGGGCCCGUUGAAACCCAUUAUAGCGAGCAUGACGAUCAGGCCGGUCCAUCGUUACCAGAUUUGGAUGAGCUCGCCUUGACGGCCACAAACACCAGUACUGUGGACGCCGCGGAGGUGUUAGGAACUGAAACAGAAGAAGAGGCCACAGCAGAGCCUGUGGGCGAACUACGGACCCUGACUCACCCUGAGCCCGAGACCAACGGUGACAAUCCCUUGUCACAGGAGGCCACAGAGGCUAGAGACGUCAGCGGAGAAGAUCACGGCGAGGAAGUUGGCGAUGCCACCUUGCCGCAACAGGAAGCAGAGAUUAGAGAUGGCAGCGGGGAAGACCGCAGUGAGGACAGCGGAGAGGACACAGAAGAUACAGACAGCACCCCAAAAGCCAGCCCAAGGGCGCAGGACGACGUAUACGACAAUGAUCUCGGUUCAUCUUCGUUUGUCACAGCCAGAGAAGAUUUCUCCAGCUCUGCUGAUACAGAAGGAUCGAUAGCAUCGAUAGCAACCGUGCGACCAAGCAAUUUGACACCGCCUGAGCCUCGCCCAGGAUCACAGUCCUCUCACAAUACAACCGUGACCGGUCAUACUUAUCCCAGUCCUAUUAGUCCUAAACCGUCCAUGGCUCAAAGUGACGCCGAUUCAACGACAAACCUACUUCGAAGCAGUUUGAAGAAUAAGAAGAGACAAGAAAGCAAGGCAUCUGGUGUAUCUCGAGUGACGCUUCAACAUCACGAUCCACAGGACGACGAAAAUACCCAAGACGGCCCUGGUGGUGAUAUGCAAGUACAACGAACAUUCACUAGGAAGAUGGCAAAAUUCAACCUGGAUGACAAUAUCAGGUAUGGACAGGGAAAGGUGCGCUCCCGAAUUGCAAAGACCCAAGGUACAAUCUCUGCCAAUCGACCGCACCGGCGAAAAGUGCAGGAUGGCGAGGUUGUCAAGGCAGAAAGAAUGCUAGUCUGCGUGGAGGAGAGUGUGCAGAGCACCCUGCCCGCAGAUUACUCCGAGAAUGACAGUCUGCGCAUGGAAACUCGGACUGUGGAUAAGUGGAGGGAGUUUCUCGUCGUGUGCCGCAAAAGCUCGGCCGAACAUACACCAUUUGCCCUUCAGAUGUACCGAACUCGUGUGAUCCCUGAUGUGCAACGUCCGAAUAGCAAAACGCCGCCUUAUUACGAAAUACGGCUCAACCACAAGAACACCCAUGUCAAUCUAUAUUCUCCCCUCGACAAGACCAUCGUAAUUUGGUAUCCUCACAGGCAUGGAACCAAAAUAUUCAUCCUCCGCCCUAAAUCUGCGGUACACUCUGUCGAGUGGUACACUUUUAUCCGCCAGGUGCUCGGAUGGCGGCGUCCCACUUCACUUCCUAUCUAUGUUCCUGACUUGGGGGUUUCGCUCGUCUUCAACAACCCCUUCAAGGAGAUUGAACCGGAUCUCACGGACAAUUUUGAUUCCGAGCAUACGGAACUAGCUUCGGACAGACCAGCAGAUGACAGAUAUGCCGCCGCAACCAUCAUCAGAGGAUGCAUCAAAAUGCUCGAAGGACGCCCGGAGUGGGCCGAGGUUUUGAAAGCUUGGUCCAAGACAGAAAAGAUGGGACUUGCUUGGAAGCGGUACGACCGACUUGAAUGGGUUUUCGGAAACAACGAGGAAAAGAUGUAUGGCUCUAUUGCGAUGCAAUCGUCCCACGAGCUCGAGCUACGACCGAGACAUCAUUAUCCUACGGGGGUCAAGCAUCGAGGCCGAAAGGAGGAGGAGCCUGCGCCGAUUGAAGGGUUUUUAAUCCGUCUCACGUCCCAAAAGGGCGUGCAUCAGCGGCUGAACAAGAUGUUCUUCAAGCGGCUGUAUUUCUUCACUCAAGAUCAUUAUUUGUUCUUCACUCGUCCAGCCAAGGCAUUGCCUCCGGCACCGCCGUGUGCUCCGCCAGGAGAUGGGAGCAUACCAUCUGCUCGUGAGAUCUUGGAUCAAAUUCCAAACUCCUGGGAAGUAAAUCCUUAUCCGCUUGAGGAUGGCGAGAUCAGUUGGCUCCGCAGCGGCAACAAGGAAUUCGUCAAACGGCACGACGCAGAGGCCUAUGCACUCGUACAGAGGAAUGUACACAACAUCAGCCAGGCAGAUGGUUACAUUGAUAUGUCCCAGGUGCAAGAAGUCCGCAACGUCAACCGUGGCAGCUGCGCUGCGGAUCCCAACGUAGGGGAAGGUCCUUCUGUGGACUUUGACCGCGAACCCAGAGACACACGGCAAGAUGAUGGUGCAACCCGAGAGUUCGAUGACGAUAGAACCUUUGAAAUGGUUCUCGAUAAUGGCCUUGUCAUUCGGCUCCAGGCAUAUGAUACAACCACCCGAGAUGAGUGGGUCAAUCACCUCGAUACUCUGGUCAAGUACUGGCACGCACGUUGCGCAGAUGAUGCCAUGGUGCUUCGGGCAGUCCGGCAGCGCAACAUCAAAGUGCUGGACAUUGAUGAAGCCAUGGAAUCUGUCGUCGGACAGUUUGCCAGAAAGUGGGAAGUGAAGAAAUCAGAGGCAUCGCCACACUUGCACAAUAUGUGCUCACUGUCCGGGUGUCGAACCAUCAAGAUGUCCGGACAUCUGUAUCGCAAACCCCGCCGCCACACCACAUUUCAUCAAUGCCAUGUUAUCCUCACGGCAGGUAAACUAUUGAUAUUCCGAAGCACUCUUCGCAAACGAAACGGCACCGUGAUCCCACACAUUCACCAAGAACUCGAAACAACUAUCGACCUGGAAGAUUGCUACAUCUAUUCUGGCUUAAUCACCGAGAACGAUCUACUAUACGCCAAUCAGACGUUUGACAGCAACAACCCUGGUCUCCAUGCGCUCCCACGGGUAUAUCUCGAUUCAGACGCCUUCACAAGUCGUGAUGAGGACACCGCCAUUACCUUCGUGGUCUGGCAACCCUUGAGUAAGAGCUUCUUCCGAGCGCACGAAAUAGGAGAGGAAGGGAAAGCGAAAAGGUCCUUGCGUCAUGUGUCGACGCUGGGCAAGCAUGGGCGUACGAUUGUGUUCAAAGCGCGCAGUCGUGUGGAAAAGGAUCGGUGGGUGAUGAGUAUCUCUUCGGAGAUUGACAGACUCCAGGAAGAGAAACCGGAAGAUAUACGGCUUGUUUCUCCAUAG